GCAGGCGCGGAGCGAGGGCCGUCUCUGGAGAUACAGCCAGAACUUUUCGUUCACAUGGCAGCAGCAAACUCUUCUCCACCUGGUUCUUUGGAUCUAAACCAGCCUGGGUUUGCAAAGGAGAUCCUGGGAACUAAACUGGAGGUCAAAUACCUCUGCUCCGAUUGCAAGAACAUCCUGAGGCGGCCAUUCCAGGCACAGUGUGGCCAUCGCUACUGCUCCUACUGCCUGAAGAAAAUCAUCAGUGCUGGACCUCAAAAGUGUGCCAGCUGUAUCCAGGAAGGAAUAUAUGAAGAAGGAAUUUCUAUUUUGGAAACGAGCUCGGCUUUCCCAGACAACGCAGCGCGGCGGGAAGUGGAGAGUCUGCCUGCUGUCUGCAUCAACAGCGGCUGCACCUGGAAGGGAACUAUCAAAGAGUACGAGGCUCAUGAUGAAAUCUGCCCUGAAUUCCCGUUGACUUGUGAAGGCUGUGGGAAGAAGAUUCCCAGGGAGAAGUUUCGGGACCAUGUGAAGACGUGUGGCAGAUCCAAAGUACCUUGCCGGUUCGAGGCUGUGGGCUGUGCUGAAGUGGUGGAAAAUGAAAAGCUCCUGGAACAUGAAAGGAAGUGUUUGGCAGAGCAUCUCUACAUGCUGCUGAGCUCUGUGCUCAGCCUCAAGACUGAUGCUGGGGACCCGAAACCCCUUCCUGUCCUUUCCUCAUCACAAAACAGCUCCCCACUGCCGGCAGCAAACUCACUGUGCUCGGAGUCAGAACUCUCCCGGUCCCUGGAGCUCUUGGGAAGGUGUGAGGCCCUUGAGAGGAAAACAGUGACCUUUGAGAACAUUGUCUGUGUGCUCAACCGGGAGGUGGAGAGAGUAUCCCUGACAGCUGAAGCCUACAGCCGCCAGCACCAGCUGGACCAGGAGAAAAUCGAAACACUGAGCAACAAGGUCCGGCAGCUGGAGAGGAGCAUUGGGCUCAAAGACCUGGCCAUGGCUGAGAUGGAGGAGAAGAUCCGCAACAUGGAGGCUUCCACCUACGAUGGAGUUUUCAUCUGGAAGAUAACGGAGUUUGCCCGGAAGCGUCAGGAGGCGAUAACAGGCCGCUCUCCUGCCAUCUUCUCUCCAGCUUUCUACACCAGCAAGUAUGGCUACAAGAUGUGUCUGCGUGUGUACCUGAACGGGGAUGGCACCGGCCGCGGCACCCACCUGUCCUUGUUUUUUGUGGUGAUGAAGGGACCCAACGACGCGCUGCUGCGGUGGCCCUUCAACCAGAAGGUCACCCUGAUGCUUCUGGACCAGAAUAACCGGGAGCACAUCAUCGACGCCUUCCGCCCUGAUGUGACGUCCUCGUCCUUCCAGCGCCCUGUCACAGAGAUGAACAUCGCCAGUGGCUGCCCCCUCUUCUGCCCCGUGUCCGUCAUGGAAGCCAAGAACUCCUAUGUGCGUGAUGAUGCCAUCUUUAUUAAAGCCAUCGUUGAUCUCACAGGCCUCUAACCCUCCUGACCUCAGAGCAGUGAGUGUGGAGCCAGCCCUGCCCAGGGCAUCUCCUGCUUGUGCUGCACUUCAGGCGGGUCUCAGAGCAAAAGAAGGUGGCACAGAGAGGGGAAAAGCUCUUCCUGAAAAGGAACCUUUGCUCUGAGUGGAAACCAGGUGUCUGAUGGGAGCCAUCUUUCGUGAGGAGAGGGUUAGUGGACACUGGCAGGCUGUGGGAUAUGGAAAAUUCCAUGCAGGGACUUGGGUGUCUGAACUACUGCUGUCUGGACUCCAGUGGAAACCAGUGCAGCUCUUGCUCUACCAGUUUAGCCAACAUCCAUAGCUCUCUGUAGUAAAACAGCAGUUUGCCCUGCCUGAGCUCCACCUCCUUUGGAUUUUGGCUCAGGUGUCUAGGAUUUCCUUCUGAGAUCUCCAUGUUCCUGGAAGUUGUGUGCUGUAGGGUGCUAUGGCUCUGCACUGCUGGUUGCUCCACGCCCUGGGAGACAAGGAGAGUGUGUGACAGCUGCAGUGCCAGCUGGGCAAGAGAGACACAGACUAGUUUGAUGCUGUUGGUGUGUUAGGAGGGUGCUGAGCCCAGCUGCAGGGCAGGGGUGGCCUGAGUCCAGCCCUCACUGGGUGUGUAAUGGGUGGUGUGUCCUGGAGUGUGGAAUGGGGCAGGAGGUGCUGCUGCCCAGAAGGGACUGUGGGGCAGCACGAGGGGUGCCUGUAGGGAAGGAGAAGUGAAUCUGCUGUGGAGAUUGUCCCUCCUGUGCCAGGAGAGGAGGGUGACACAGAGCUGGUGUGCACCCUGAGAGCCCCAGGCCCUGCCCCGCUCUGCCCUGUGUGCCGAGCAGCACUGGGUGGGAUGGGUGCUGUGCUGGGAGCUGUCUUUGCUCAUAGGCAAAGGCACAGGAUCUGAACUGGCUUCACUCCCAGGGUGGGACAGCUUCACCAGCCUUCCUAGGGCUCCUGCUGCUGUCGAGCUCCAUGUCCAUCUGCGUGGUGCACAACUGCUGUGUCUGGGCACUGCCACCUCAGGCUGUGCGAUAUGUACUGUCUGCCC